AGGUGAAUACUAGUUGCAAUAGUCAGGAAACGUAACAACCAUUUAUCAAUGGCGUUAUGUACGUAGCUAUGAACUUUAUCUUUCAUCAAUAAAUUAUCGUUAAUUAAUACUCCUUCGAGGAUUCCUUCUUCUUCUUCUGCCAUCUUUAUUGUUAAAAAAAUAAAAGACUUCGUACAUACUUAUAUUUAGGUCCAAAUUGAGAGAACAAUUAAUUUCCUGAUUCUCCAUUACCCAAAUAUCUUUAAAGUCGCCCAUUUUAACUCAUCCUUGUUCACACUCAAUCGUUGAGAUUCGCAGUAUAAAUACAUGUCACCACAUAACGCCAUUCUUCAUAUAGAGCUGCAGUUACAUAGCAAUAUUACUCGAAACAAGUAUUAGUAUUAAAUUAACGUUCUAAUUAACCAUGUCUAAAGCCAACACCAGUUUUUUCUUCAUUAUACUUCUCCUCUGUUUUGCCCUGUCCUAUGCUUCUCGUCCUGCCCCAGCUUUUCACGAGGCAUCCCUCAACAUUGAUCACCACCAGGAUCAUGUUAGGGAAUCAAAACAAUUUGCAAACGAAGAGAGCUGCAACGGAGGGCAGGAUGAAGAAUGUUUAGAAAGAAGGAAUUUGGCUGCUCACCUUGACUAUAUCUAUACCCAAGAUCAGAACCCGUGAACUAGUUUGCCAUUUGGUAUAUUGAAAGUAGAUGAGACAGUUAUAUAUCACACAUUAAAAUUACCUUACUGUACAUCUGUUCCCGUUGAUUUUUCCUGUACGUUAAAAUGUAUUAAUCGCAUACAAAUUUUCCUCUUCCGUCCUAGAUAAUACUCUCUCUGUUUUGCUUUGUAUUUGGCGAUAUUUCAACUAGGCGUAUGGUUUAAUUACGGAAUAAAACCUUCUUUGUAUAUUUA